CAGAAAUGAUGAAAGUUUGAUCCUGUAAGCAGUGAACUUGUUUAUUUUAAACGUGGCAUGAACUGCAAAACGGAGAGAGUGCAACUUCAAGGAAAUUAAUCAAGAGAUAUGGUGGACAAAAUACACGGGACUGUCUUUUCCAAGAAACAUUUUGGGACGACAGCCAAUGGUUUCUGUGGUGAUCUAUUGGAUGCGGAGGAACAAGAUGACCAGGCUGAGCAGCGCUCUUGUCUUAUUUGCGGAGACCGCGCCACAGGACUGCACUAUGGCAUUAUUUCCUGCGAGGGCUGCAAGGGCUUCUUCAAGCGCAGUAUCUGCAACAAGCGCGUCUAUCGCUGCAGCCGCGACAAGAACUGCGAGAUGUCGCGCAAACAGCGCAACCGCUGCCAGUACUGCAGGCUGCUCAAGUGCCUGCAGAUGGGAAUGAACCGCAAAGCAAUCAGAGAAGAUGGCAUGCCAGGAGGCAGGAACAAAAGCAUCGGUCCUGUACAGAUUUCCGAUGAGGAGAUCGAACGGAUUAUGUCCGGACAGGAGUUUAAGGAUGAUGCCAACAUGCCGGAACACACCUGGGGAAACAACGGCGACAGUGACCACAGUUCCCCUGGCAACGGCGUCUCCGAUGGGAACCAGCCAUCACCUGUAUCCACACUUUCAUCCAAUCGCUCUGUGGAGCUGAAUGGCUACACCGCUGCUUUGAGGGAACAGUACAUUGGCAAUGCAAUGGCUCAGCACUACCAGUUCUUGCCUCACCUGUUUGGGUACGCCGCCCAGCCGCGGAGUCUGUACCCCCAGAGUCACACCCUCAUCAGCCAGCUGGUGGCAGCAGAGGAACUGGCCCCACUGGGCACACCCAUGCUCAUUGAGGACGGGUAUCGGGUCACUCAGGUGGAGCUGUUUGCGCUAUUGUGUCGGCUGGCGGAUGAACUUCUCUUCAGACAGAUCUCCUGGAUCAAGAAGCUUCCUUUCUUCUGCGAGCUGUCCAUCGAGGACUACACGCGGCUCCUGAGCGCCACCUGGCAGGAGCUCAUCCUGCUGGCCUGUUUGACAGUCUACAGCGCCCAGGUGCUGGGUGACCUCGCUAACGUCACCGACAAAUACACACCGUCAGACGACGAGCUGCAGAGUUUCAGUGAGGAUGGGAUGGAGGUGAUGGAGAAGCUGAUCUAUCUGUUCCGUAAGUUCCAUCAGCUGAAGGUCAGCAAUGAGGAAUAUGCCUGCAUGAAGGCAAUCAACUUCCUUAACCAAGAUAUCCGUGGUCUGACCAAUGUGACCCAGCUGGAACAGUUGAACAAGCGUUACUGGUACGUUUGUCAGGAUUACACCGAGUACAAGUACCCUCACCAGCCUAAACGCUUUCCUGAAAUCAUGAUGUGUCUGCCAGAAAUCCGCUGCAUUGCAGGGAAGUUAGUCAACAUCCCUUUGGAGCAGCUCCCCCUGCUGUUUAAGGCAGUAUUGCACUCCUGUAAGUCAAGUCUGAACAACUACAGGACAAGCUCCUCCCCCUGUGUGACAAAGGGAACCGCCCCUGCCAACUAGCCCCACCUCCCUUGAAAAACACCCUCCCCAUCUAUUGCACGGGGGUGGGGUGUUAUUAGGGGGUGGGACUCCCGGUUACCCUCCUCCUCCUCCUCCUCUCAUGAAUGUGACAAACUAUUUUAUGCAUUUUGUUUAGAUUAGUGUUGUUUUUUCUCUCUAUUUAUUACCAGACAGAGCUGAAUGUAUGUUGAUCCACAUUGUGCACAUGCUCCUUUUCAAAUGAAAAUGCACAAAAAGCGCAGUGGAUUUCACACGCUUCAGUCCAACUGCGAUAUGCGACGUGUAACCACUGAUAGAUCUACUACGUGGGUUUUAUUUUAUACUUCUGUUCGCUUUCUGCCGACAGGGACAGAUAUGUAUGCAAGGAAUUGUUUAUUGAAAGACUACCUCAGGAAGAAAACGUUUCACGUGCUCCCUCUCGGUUUCACGACGCUCUGGGCCGCAUACGUUGACGCUGUGUCUAGUUUGAGCCGUGUUGUUAUUUCUUACGCAACUGCGGUGCGCUGCAGUUCUCAAACACAUGCUCGGUAGUCACGUAACCUCUUAACUCAUGGGGUUUUAUCUUUCCAUACAAGGCCGCGAUGGAGAGCGUGAUUGUUUACACAAAAGAGAGGUGUACGGGUAUGUUUCACAAUCAUAGACUGGGGACGAAACGACAACAAAAAUGUGUUAAUACUGUUUUUGUUGAUUUCUUGUUGAUUUUUUUUUUUUUUUGUUUGACCAAAGUGUUAUGCAAAUUUGGAGGGAAGCAAGCCCUGCUCGGCUCACCCUUGUUAAAAACACGAGAGACUUCUGAGGAGAAUAUCUUCCAUCACUCGCACGGUUUGCACUCAGAACCGGCAGGGAAAUGCGAUGUAUCGGCUUUCUUAUUUCGGAAAACAAUCGGUUCCUUAAUUCGGCACUCGUUGAAGGAUGUAGAGUUUGACUAUGAAGUAUUUAUCAGCUGAAAUUGAGCAUUGGAGAGAUUCAGUCACCACAAAUGGUUUGGUUAAGCGCCAAAUGCGCUCAAACUAUAAUAAAAGGCGUUUAAUUUGAAGUCAGAUGGAGAAAAGUGCAUUUCUUCACAGUCUAGUUUCCUCCAGUCUGCUGCUGGUUCCUUCCCUCACGUUUUAAACAGGGUAAAGUUACUGUUUUUAUAAUUCACUCGCAUCUCUCUCAGAUUUCGCAGUGCUGAUGUACUUGUAGGUUUAUAGUAGUUUGUAGUAUUGGAUAUUGUAGGUCCUUUUAGAUGUUUUUUUUUCUUUUUAUGAGUCUGGGGAGGGGGAAGUGUUGUUUUGAAGAGUAUUUUGUUUCGGUUUUGAGUAUUACUGUAAACCAGAUGACUGAGAUGCUAGCUAGUCCGGUUAUGACGAGCCGUCCGGCGCCUUGGAGGUUUUGGUUACCUCAGUUUUUUCCUCAGUUGGUUUUAACCAAGGCGUCAGUGGAUGCGCUCGCUGUACCUCUCAUCAUUUCAGACAUUCCAAACACGUUCGAUAUGCGUCGUAAUGUUUACAUAUUUGCACCAGACAAUGACAAAGGGGCCCGUACCAAAGACGCAUGUUCAGCCUGGUAACGGCCCAUCUCGAGUGCAGCUAAACCUCGGUGGCAACAUUCGGCGUUGUGUUGUUUGGUGGACGCUACACAUCUGUCUGAAUGCCGCUCUGCGUGUCCUUAAUCUUAAACGCUUUAUCCAUCCCACACCGCAUUUGUUUGUUGUCGUUUCAUUUUGUACGUCGUUCACUGUCGUAGAUAUCGUGAUACUUGUUUUGGAGUGUGAGCUUGCUAAAUGUCAGACUAAACUCUUGAUAGUGUUUAAAAACUCCAACACGUUGACUUGCGAUAGUACGCUUUUGUAAGCCAUCGCCCACAUCAGACUCGAAGGUGGAGAUUUAUCACAAAUGAGCCUUCCUUAAUUCAGCUGAUAUUCGUCUUUUUUGUUAAUCUGGGAAGCUUUUGAAUCUCGUAGCAGAUUUUUAAAAGAGCCACACUCCCUCGGUCUUUUUGUUUUCUGUCAUUCCCUCAAAUUUGACAAUGUGUCCUCGUUUGUUUCUUUUUAUACAUUUUUCAUUGAAACUACCUCUUUUGUGUGUCAUCAUGUAGCGUGCUUUCAUUAAGGAAAAGUAUUAAUCGUUAUUUAUUGGUUUCAAAGCACCAGUGACCCUGUUUCUUUGUCCGUCUCAUACGCCAUUCUGGAAACCUCAGAGAUUUUCAUCAAUCAUGUUCCGUCAUUGUCUUAAAAUAAUUCCUUUUAUCGUUCAUUUCUGUAGUUAAGUGUGUGAUACGGCCUGAUAGACAUCAGGUGCUGCAUAUUUACCUCACUCUUUGAUGAAGACCAUUUCUCAGUGCAAUUAUAACAUGUGAAAUGAACAGUAUUAUAUUCCUAGUUGUAAACACUGUCUGUGAAUUGUUUUCAUGAAGAAUGUAUUUUUUUGUUGAUAUGACUUUAUUAUUUCUCAACUGUUUACAAGCUUUUUGUCAGUCCGAUGUUGUAAUCAUGUUAAUGCUUUGACACUUUUCAGCCAAUCAGAUUUCUUUCUUGAUUGUUACGGGUAUACUGAUUGGUUAUUGAAAGACUAUCAAAGUGCUGUCAGUUUUACAUAGCCAGGGAUCUUAUUUCAGUCUUGUGCCAGUUCUUCUUGAUCGAUUGGGAAUCUUAUUAGAAGAAACAUUGGUUGGGGCUUGAGCAAACCAUACAGAGCCAGACGAGAGGUUUUGAAACAUGGGUGAUAUCUCAGGGAAUAGACACACUCCUGAAAACCACUAAAUUAACUCCUGUCCGUUUGUAUUUGUCUUGGUAUUGGCGUCUGGUAUGAUGUUUUUGGGAGUGUUGUCUGAGGUGCUUUUCCUAACCCAUGUCGCAAACCUCUUCUUCUGCUCCUCUGACUUUUACUACCUGUGAAGAAUGUGACCCAUAUGUGUUAUAAAGCAUGUUUAGAAUGUUUUAGGACUUGAAACCAAAUAAAUGUGAAUCUUAUG